AUGUCAACUACAGGUCCAACCAAUAAUAUCAUAUCAACAUCAACUACAAGUCCAACCAUUAAUACUAAGUUCACGUCAACUACAAGUCCAACGGUUAAUUCCAAAUCAACGUCAACUACAAGUCCAAUAAUUAAUACCAAAUCAAUGUCAGUUACAAGUCCAACGAUUAAUACUAAAUCCACAUCAACUACAAGUCUAACUGUUAAUACCAAAUCAACAUCAACUACAAGCCCAACCGUUAAUACCAAAUCAAAGUCAACUACAAGUCCAAUCGUUAAUAUCAAAUCAACGUCAACUACAAGUCCAACCGUUAAUACCAAAUCAACAUCAACUACAGGUCCAACCAUUAAUACCAAAUCCACGUCAACUACAAGUCCAACGGUUAGUAGCAAAUCAACGUCAACUACAGGUCCAACCGUUAAUACCAAAUCAACAUCAACUACAAGUCCAACCGUUAAUACCACUUUAUUCACUAAUAUAACGACUAGUUCAUCAACGACAAAAGAGACUGAAAAGGCAGAAGAUGUAAUAUUAGAAAUAGCAUUCAGUUUGGUUAAAUUAAGAUAUGCUUUUUCAAAUCCACCACCAGUGAAAUUUAAUUCGAAUGGAUGGCCUGAUAAAGAUGUUUAUGAUCCUGUAUUAGAUAAAUGUUUUGGUAAAAAUUUUAUUCACACGCAUAGACAAUUGUUAGCAAGAUAUUAUGCGGAACGCCUUUGUCUCGGCAUUAAAAAAGUAACAGCUUUACCUGACUAUUUUUACACCAGUACCCGAACUAUUUUAUCCCCAUCCAUUCUUGGUACAAGAUUGAUUGAUGGUGGAACAAAUGAAGAAUUUCAAACCCCAUUACAAUUGGAUGAUUCAGGUUCUGCUAAGCUGGCUCUCGAUAUAGAAACAAAUUUGCAUGAUUAUAGUCAUAAAUUGUUUGCUUAUAUGAUGCAUCCUUAUACAAUCGGUUAUCCUCCAAGUAUACUUGUUGGUGCAUGUGCUGGAAUUGGAGAUGGCAUCAUCAAAUCGAUGAUUUACUUUUAA